GCAGAAGUAUAAUUUUGAACGUUUUAAAAAGAAAUUGUCAAGGAACCACAUCAAAAUGUCGAAAAGCAGUGUUAAUUUGCCCAAUCCCAAUCUGGAUACCAUGCCAUCGGACUUUCUGUACCACUUGGAUAUUAACGUGGAAAAUACCCAGGAUACCAGUGACAUUCAGCAGAGAUUCGGCGAUGUCAGGGUGGUUCUGACGGGAGGAACUGCAUCUCGAAUGCGGGAGCUGGCCCUUUAUAUGCGAAAGGUACUGGGAGUGUCGGACCAGAGUGAUCCGGUGGAUUUGUGCGAGCGCGGCCACCGCUACGCCAUGUACAAGGUGGGUCCGGUUCUGUGCGUGAGUCACGGGGUUGGAUCCUCCACUUUCAGCGUUGUGCUCCACGAGCUGCUCAAGCUGGUCAGGUACGCCCGCUGCCAGGAUCCCGUCUUCCUACGAAUCGGCACCUGCGGAGGACUGGGAGUGCCUCCUGGAACCGUGGUGGUCACCAAGGAUGCUUUUAACGGUCUGCUGCGCAACGAACAUGCAAUCGCUAUUCUUGGAAAACUUGUGGUGCGACCAGCUCAGUUUUCCGAGGACGUUAUCAAAGAUAUUAUGAAAUACGGUGCCGAUCCUAGUGAUGGGUUUCAGACCAUAAGCGCCAACACAAUGGGAACAGAGUGCUUUUACGAGGGUCAGGGACGCACCGACGGAGCCAUAUGCGAGUACACUGAGAAGGAUAAGAUGGAGUUCCUGCAGAAGUGCCAUGAUCUGGGGAUCCGGAACAUCGAGAUGGAGGCCAGCAUGUUUGCCUCGGUAACCAAAAAAGUGGGAGUCAAGGCCGGAGAUGUCUGCGUAACCGUGGUAAAUCGCCUUCAAGGGGAUCAGGUUACCGUCACCAUGGAUCAGAAGCACGAGUUCGAAAGACGACCCUUCCUGGUGGUUGGCCGCUAUAUUAAGAAACUACUCUCCCAGAAUCUUUAA